AUGGGGGUGUGCUCGGUCCUCCUUUUCCUGUAGUCCACAAUAAUCAGGAAGUGUCCACUCCGCACCAUGCGACUGGGGACAAGAACUGUGACUUGCUUUCCUCUCCGGAGCAGGGCCCCGUUGAAAGGAGUGAUAACUGGAGUGGCGUUAAGUGUUGAGGAGGGUCAACUGAAGUUGAAGAUUCCCGGUGUCUGUGACGCCCACCGUUUGGUGCGACGCAGACCCGGUGGACAGCGUGUCAUCAUCAUGCCGAGGUAUAACUUUUUUCUGUGUUUGAUGGUUUAUGUUUGUCUGGGACUGUCUGGGAGUGACGAACCUAACCUUUUUCUGCCACCAACGAGCGAGAUGCCCACGGACGCCGGGCUGUCGCUCCUUGAUGAGGAGGCAGGCGCUCACGAAUGUUCAGCAUGCGUUUGGAGAGAGCAAAGUAAAGUCCUGAGGCUGGAGACCAUCAAAUCUCAGAUCCUGAGCAAGCUGCGGCUCAAGCAGGCUCCUAACAUUAGUCGGGAGGUGGUGAACCAGCUGCUCCCAAAGGCGCCCCCGCUCCAGCAGCUUCUGGACCAUCACGACUUCCAGGGAGACGCGUCCUCCCAGGAUGAGUUUAUGGAGGAGGACGAAUAUCACGCCACUACAGAGUCCGUCAUCACUAUGGCCUCGGAGCCGGAGCCCUUGGUGCAGGUGGACGGCAAGCCCAGCUGCUGCUUCUUUAAGUUCAGCCCCAAACUGAUGUUCACCAAGGUGCUGAAGGCUCAGCUGUGGGUGUACCUUCGGCCACUGCAGCAGACUUCCACCGUCUACCUGCAGAUCCUCAGGCUGAAGCCUGUCACGGAGCAGGGCAGCCGCCACAUCCGCAUCCGCUCAUUGAAGAUCGAGCUCAAUUCACGUGUGGGCCACUGGCAAAGUAUCGACUUCAAGCACGUGCUGCAGAACUGGUUCAAGCAGCCGCACACCAACUGGGGAAUCGACAUCAAUGCCUUCGACGAGAGCGGCAACGACCUGGCAGUGACCUCGCUGAGACCAGGGGAGGAAGGGCUGCAGCCGUUCCUGGAGGUUAAGGUUCUUGAGACGACCAAACGUUCCCGACGUAACCUGGGACUGGACUGUGACGAGCACUCCACCGAGUCCCGCUGCUGCCGCUACCCGCUGACGGUGGACUUUGAGGCCUUUGGCUGGGACUGGAUCAUUGCUCCCAAGCGCUAUAAGGCCAACUACUGCUCGGGCCAGUGUGAAUACAUGUUCAUGCAGAAGUACCCACACACCCACCUGGUACAACAUGCCAACCCCAGAGGCUCAGCAGGGCCCUGCUGCACCCCCACCAAGAUGUCACCCAUCAACAUGCUCUAUUUCAACGACAAGCAGCAGAUCAUCCACGGCAAGAUCCCUGGUAUGGUGGUGGACAGGUGUGGCUGCUCUUAG